AUAGAGGUAUAUUGAUACAUUCAUACCUACGCAUAUGCAUAUACUUAGAGAUAUCCCUAAUAUAUUGAAUGAUUGAGGCUCAAUUUCUUAUACCCCCCUUUCAUUCAAUACUCCCAUAUCUUAAAGCAAAAACUUCAACAUGUAUGCGCUCACGCUAACAGCAGAAUUGAAUGGGGUUACCAAUCUGCGGCCCAAGGAUACCGCCGAGAACCCUUUUUGGUAUACCUUCACGGUCCAGUGUACCUCAUGUCGAGAGACGCACGGCAAUCCCGUCGCCGUCAGCAGAUUUGAAACCAACGAAUUAAGUGGCAGCAGGGGAGAAGCGAAUUUCGUAUGGAAGUGCAAGAACUGCAAGCGAGAAUCAUCUUGCUCUAUCAAGACUGCUCCUAAGCCAUAUGAACAAAGUGAACCUCCGAAACAGCAGACAAUUAUCGAGUUCGACUGCAGAGGGUUAGAGUUCACAUCUUUUAGCCCAGAGGGUGAAUGGCUAGCAGAUGGUGUAGAGUCUGGAACCAAGUUUGAGGGUGUUGAUUUACAAGAAGGGGAAUGGUAUGAGUAUGACGAGAAGGCCAAUGACGAGGUUAGCAUUAAGGACUUGAAAUGGGAUGUUAAGAGAGCCUGAACUUUGCUAUUCGACUUAUGAACGUCUACAAUACAUACCUAGGUACCUGUCCGUGAAUGAAUUUAAUAAUAGUAUCCCAGUUAUACCACGUGCAAUGUUUACCUCAGGUACUAUCGUCCGCUGUCCUGAUGCCACCUGCCAGUCAGUACAUAGACUUUAUACAGUG